UUGUGUGAUGGCUUCGGCCACUAGAGCUGGAUCCCAGGGAGGAGGCUGUGCUAGGUGUUUGGCCUUUCGCUGGUCGAGUAUAGCAUACGUAACUGGGCCCAGAGAAAGUUGAGGAGAUCUGCUGGGCAGAGCGAACGGCCUGCGGGUCUCGGGGCCGAGGGCCGAGGGGUGAAGCUCCCACAUCGAAAUUAGGAGCCCACGAGUUCCCUACGGGUCUGUGAAAACUGUCCCGUGACUGUUGGCGAAGAUGCCAUACCUUGGCUCUGAGGACGUGGUGAAGGAACUGAAGAAGGCUCUGUGUAACCCUCAUAUUCAGGCUGAUAGGCUGCGCUACCGGAAUGUCAUCCAGCGAGUUAUUAGGCACAUGACUCAGGGCUUGGACAUGUCUGAUGUUUUCAUGGAAAUGGUGAAGGCCAGUGCCACUGUAGAUAUUGUUCAGAAAAAGUUGGUUUAUCUCUAUAUGGGCACAUAUGCACCUUUAAAACCAGAUCUAGCACUCUUGGCCAUCAAUACACUCUGCAAAGACUGCUCAGACCCCAACCCAAUGGUGCGAGGACUGGCACUACGGAGCAUGUGUAGCCUCAGGAUGCCUGGUGUGCAGGAGUAUAUCCAACAGCCUGUUGUUAAUGGCCUGCGGGAUAAAGCUUCAUAUGUCAGAAGAGUGGCAGUCCUUGGCUGUGCCAAGAUGCAUAAUCUUCACGGAGACUCUGAAGUGGAUGGUGCUCUAGUCAAUGAGUUAUACAGUCUUCUGCGUGACCAGGAUCCAAUUGUGGUUGUGAACUGUCUGAGGUCUCUAGAGGAAAUUUUAAAACAGGAAGGAGGUGUUGUCAUUAAUAAGCCCAUUGCCCACCAUCUCUUAAAUAGAAUGUCAAAACUGGACCAAUGGGGCCAGGCUGAGGUCCUGAACUUUCUGCUUCGUUACCAACCCCGCAGUGAGGAGGAACUGUUUGAUAUUCUCAAUCUGUUGGACAGCUAUCUCAAGAGCAGUAGCACUGGUGUGGUGAUGGGAGCCACCAAACUCUUUCUCGUUUUGGCAAAAAAGUUCCCCCAUGUACAAACUGAUGUGCUUGUACGAGUCAAGGGACCCUUGCUGGCUGCCUGUUCUUCAGAGAGCCGUGAACUGUGUUUUGCCGCUCUCUGCCAUGUCCGCCAGGUGUUGCGUAGUUUGCCAGGUCACUUUAGCAGUCACUACAAAAAGUUUUUUUGCUCUUAUUCGGAACCCCACUAUAUCAAGCUACAGAAGGUGGAGGUGCUGUGUGAGCUGGUGAAUGAUGAGAACGUGCAGCAAGUGCUGGAAGAGCUUCGUGGAUACUGCACUGAUGUGUCUGCUGACUUCGCACAGACUGCCAUCUUUGCCAUAGGUAGCAUUGCCAAGACUUACACAGAUCAGUGUGUGCAGAUUCUAACAGAGUUGCUGGGGCUUCGACAGGAACAUAUCACUACAGGUACUGCUGCCUGCCUAGGGUUCUUUCUUUCUUUC